GGGAGGCGGAAGGGGGGGGGGUAUUUGAAGAAAAGCGAAGAGAUUGUUGUCAACAACACGGGUUUCUACACUGCCCUGGCUAAUUUCACACAAAAAAAUAACAAGAUGUCAGAUACAGACACGAAACCUUCAGGUCAGGAUGGGGGAGACCAAAAGGAUGGAGAGUACAUCAAACUGAAAGUGAUCGGUCAGGACAACAGUGAAAUUCACUUCAAAGUGAAAAUGACGACCCAUCUGAAGAAGCUGAAGGAAUCUUAUAGCCAGAGACAGGGUGUUCAUAUGAGUACCUUACGGUUUCUAUUUGAGGGACAAAGAAUCUCAGACAACCACACUCCAAAAGAGCUGGGGAUGGAAGACGAGGACGUCAUCGAGGUCUAUCAGGAGCAGACUGGAGGACUUUGGAAUAAUUAGUCUACCUGGAUUUAACUUUUUUUUGUUGUUGAUGAUACUAUUGUAUUUUAUAUUUGUACAAUUACUGAGUGAUUUGUUUGGCUUUGUGUUCCUCUCAGCGGUAGAGAUCUCUGCCAGAGAGGAGAGAAUAACUGUCUGAUGCCUCUCCUGUUCUCUUAUCGUCACCUGGUCUGUUUGUGCUGGCACUCGGGCCAUAUCUGUUUGUGCUGGCACUUGGGCCAUGUCUGUUUGUGCUGGCACUCGGGCCAUAUCUGUUUGUGCUGGCACUCGGGCCAUAUCUGUUUGUGCUGGCACUCGGGCCAUAUCUGUUUGUGCUGGCACUCGGGCCAUAUCUGUUUGUGCUGGCACUCGGGCCAUAUCUGUUUGUGCUGUUUUGAAAACUCCUAUGGAGGCGUGACUGUAGCAGUUGGCAAGACGGCACAAACAGGGUCUGAAUGCAUUUCAGGGCAGGAGUGCUGAUUGGAGAUCAGUUUUGGGUAUUUCCCCCCAAAAAAGGCACCAGACAAUACUUUUUUUUUUCUACCUUGUCAGCUCGGGGAUUCGAUCCAGUCACCUUUUGGUUACUGGCCCAACGCUCUAACCACUAGGCUACCCUGCCGCCACAUUGACCACAUGGACAAGGGGGACCUGAUCCUAGAUCAGCACUCCUACUGCUUGAUGUUUACGGACACCUAUGGUCCAGCCAUGUGGUCCAUCAGAAGACUCAUUGGUUGAAUAGAUGACAUCAGAAUGAUAGUGUUUCUUCAGACCUCUCCGAGCUUCAGUUUGGUUAAUUGGCAUCCAUCCCCAUAUAGAUCUUUCGACAGUAUAUAUUUUUACUAGCUAUAGAUCCAUACCAUUUAUUGAAGAUCCAGGUAACGGCCAAAGUAAAGGAAACACUAACAUCGUGUCUUUUAAUAGAGGGUGUUGGGUCACCACCAGCCAGAACAGCUUCAACGCACCAUGACAGAUACUACAAGUGUCUGGGACUCUGUUGGAGGGAUGCGACACCGUUCUUUCAUGAGAAAUUCCACCGGUUGGUGUUUCUUUGUUGACGGUGGUGUAAAACGCUGUCUCGGGCUCCGCUCCAGAAUCUCCCGUAGGUGUUCAAUCGGGUUGAGGUCUGGUGACCUGAGAUGGUCGUGGUAUAUGGGUUUUAUCAGUUUAAUACUCUUCAAAUUAUCUCAAGCCCUGUGGAUGGGUUCAUUGUCAUCCUAUGGAGGGCAUUAGUCAUGGUAGCCAAAAUAAUGGGUGACCCCAAGCAUGAUGGGAUGUUAAUUGCUUAAUUAAUUUGGGAACAACACCUGUGUGGAAGCACCUGCUUUCAAUAUACUUUGUAUCCCCUCAUUUACUCAGGUGUUUUGGCAGUUGCCUGUCGCUAGCAUGCCACUGUUGAUUCCUGACUUCAGGUCUGUGUGUUAUCCAGGUGUUCCUUUACAGGUGGCAUGUAAUACGACGUCACUAAUGUCUCCUCGGUUCAUUCAAAGCGCUUUGUCCACAGUCUUCAGUGACACACCAGGGGUAUUGAAUAACCACCAAGUUCUCAUUCACUUCUCUUUCUGUUAGAGAACUUGUAAAAUACCUUACUAAAGGGCUCUGUUGAAUCUGCAUCGUCGAACUUCAGCUUUACAUAAUAUAAACGUUCCCCGCUUUAUCAGAGACUUGUGCAGCGUUUACCGGGAAUCAUCUCAUCAGCUCAACCGGAGAGACUUGAUUCCCGGUAAACGCUGCACAUGUCAUCGUCUCAACCUUACUGUACAUUAAUCUGAACUGUGUAGUACUCUGUAGUACUGAUUACUGUACAUUGAUUAUGUUAAAGGCCCAGUGCAGAUUUUUCUUUGUUCUGUAUAUAUAUUUCCACACUGAGGUUGGAUUAAUAUUGUGAAAAUAAUGAUAAUGCUCUUUUAGUGAGAGUUGAUUGGAAAGACCGCCCACUUGAAAUUCCAGCCUGUUUUUGUUUUGGUGGGAUUGAGUUUUGACCUAGUGAAUUAGUUAUUAGACAUGAAAUGAGAGUUUCAAACCUCUGCCAAUAGUUUUCAAUGUUCCCCUCCCCACUCAGACCCUCUCUGCCAAUAACAGCUAAGUUCCCUCCUCCACUCAGACCCUCUCUACCAAUAACAGCUAGGUUCCCUCCCCACUCAGACCCUCUCUGCCAAUAACAGCUAGGUUCCCUCCUCCACUCAGACCCUCUCUGCCAAUAACAGCUAUGUUCCCUCCUCCACUCAGACCCUCUCUGCCAAUAACAGCUAGGUUCCCUCCCCACUCAGACCCUCUCUGCCAAUAACAGCUAUGUUCCCUCCCCACUCAGACCCUCUCUGCCAAUAACAGCUAGGUUCCCUCCUCCACUCAGACCCUCUCUGCCAAUAACAGCUAUGUUCCCUCCUCCACUCAGACCCUCUCUGCCAAUAACAGCUAUGUUCCCUCCUCCACUCAGACCCUCUCUACCAAUAACAGCUAGGUCCUCUCCUCCACUCAGACCCUCUCUGCCAAUAACAGCUAAGUUCCCUCCUCCACUCAGACCCUCUCUGCCAAUAACAGCUAAGUUCCCUCCCCACUCAGACCCUCUCUGCCAAUAACAGCUAAGUUCCCUCCUCCACUCAGACCCUCUCUGCCAAUAACAGCUAGGUUCCCUCCUCCACUCAGACCCUCUCUGCCAAUAACAGCUAAGUUCCCUCCUCCACUCAGACCCUCUCUGCCAAUAACAGCUAGGUUCCCUCCUCCACUCAGACCCUCUCUACCAAUAACAGCUAGGUCCUCUCCUCCACUCAGACCCUCUCUGCCAAUAAUGAUCAGCUA